AAAUGCGCUGCUGGGCGUUUAUAAAUGCCACUGACUGAGCAGAGGUUGUUGGACUGAGCCACUCUGAACAACAGCAGAACUGAAACAGAUCACCUGGACACGUGUGUCUCAUCGAGUGGUCUCCUUCAAGACAAGUGCUUGUGUUCUUGGCUAUAGUUUUGUCAGUUAUGGUCUACGAGUAACUACCUGUGCACUGGGUUCAGGUGAGACAGGUAAAGAGGGAACACGGUUCAGACCAUAGAUAAGUCACGUAUUGAACUCGAAGGCAGGUGAAGUGGGCUAAACAUAACCACGCACGCGGCUGAAAGAUUCGGAAGAGUUUGGACAGCUUUAGCUUUGAGAAACUACACCAUCAGACAAUGGCACCGCGACCAAAGCAAGAGGAUGAAUCUGAGGGGAAGCCAACAGAAACACUUGACGUUCCCCGAAAGAAGUCUCUCUCCAUGGCCCCUGCUCUUUCCACAGCAGCUCUGAUUGAGGAUGAUCCCUGGGACAUGGCAGAAUUGCAGGACACAGGGGUUAAAUGGGCAGAUCUGGACACCAAAAGGAAGAUCCUGAGAGUUCUAACCACAAUAGCCAAAUUUAUUGUGCUGAUUGGUUUGCUCUACAUGUUUGUUUGCUCACUGGACAUCCUCAGCUCAGCUUUCCAGCUUGUUGGAGGAAAAGCUGCAGGGGACAUCUUCCAGGAGAAUAAAGUGCUCUCAAACCCUUUGGCAGGCCUGGUAAUUGGGAUGCUAGUAACUCUCCUAGUCCAGAGCUCCAGCACCUCCUCAUCUAUUGUGGUCAGCAUGGUCUCGUCUGGAUUGCUGGAUGUCUCAACUGCUGUUCCUAUUAUUAUGGGGACCAACAUUGGCACAUCAGUCACAAAUACUGUUGUAGCCAUGACACAAGUUGGCGACAGGAACAUGUUCCGCAGGGCAUUUGCGGGAGCCACCGUGCACGAUUUCUUUAACUGGCUUUCUGUCCUGGUGCUGUUGCCAUUGGAAAUUGCCUCAGGUUACCUGGUGAAGCUCACAAGCCUUAUAGUGAGCUCAUUUAAUAUCCAGAGUGGAGAAAAUGCACCAGCCCUUCUGAAUGUUAUCACUGACCCUCUCACCCUCUCUAUCAUUGAGCUGGAUGAGUCUGUGAUAAGCGGCAUUGCUAUUGGAGACUCUGAAGCCAAAAACAAAUCUCUCAUCAAGGUCUGGUGCCAGACAGCCUCAAACACGACUCAACAGAAUGUGACAGCAGCAAAUUGCAGUGCCUAUCCUUGUUGGGAAUUAAAAAAUGUUACAGAAAUUAUAAACAUAAAAAAAUGCAAUCACAUCUUUGUAAACGCAAACCUUUCUGACCUGGCGGCGGGUCUGAUUCUACUGGCUUGUUCUCUGCUCGUCCUGUGCACUUGUCUCAUUUUGAUUGUGAAACUGCUCAACUCGAUGCUCAAGGGCCAGGUUGCUGUUGUCAUCAAGAAGAUAAUGAACACUGAUUUUCCAUUUCCAUUUGCAUGGCUGACUGGAUAUAUUGCAAUUCUGGUUGGAGCAGGAAUGACCUUUAUUGUCCAGAGCAGUUCUGUCUUUACCUCGGCCAUAACUCCUCUUGUCGGUAUUGGUGUUAUAAAAAUUGAAAGGGUAUAUCCUCUUUCCCUGGGAUCCAAUAUUGGGACCACUACUACUGCAAUAUUAGCCGCCAUGGCUAGUCCAGGGGAAAAACUUGAAAGUUCAUUACAGAUCGCCUUGGUUCAUCUCUUCUUCAACAUCUCUGGGAUUUUGCUGUGGUAUCCAAUCCCUUUCACACGUUUCCCCAUUCGAAUGGCAAAGGCUCUUGGUGAACUAUCAGCCGAGUACCGUUGGUUUUCGGGCUUUUACAUCAUCUUCUGCUUCUUCGCUUUACCUCUAUUUGUCUUCGGCCUUUCUUUGGCUGGUUGGCAGGUCCUUGUGGGGGUUCUUGUUCCCAUAGUGGCUGUUCUGAUCUUCGCUAUCAUUGUUAAUAUUCUACAGAAGCACAAACCUCAGUGGCUUCCUUCCGCUCUCCGGUCUUGGAGCUUCCUCCCUCUAUGGGCCCACUCUCUUGAACCAUGGGAUAGAGUGGUUACCAUAAUAGCCGCUCGCUGCUGCUGUUGCUGCAAGUGCUGCAAUGUUACGGAGGAAGAUGAAGAGAAGGGAAAACAUGAAAAAAUGGAUCAUGGAAUAGAAUUGUAUGAUAAUCCUAAAAUGACUGAUGAGAUCAAGGAGGCCAAGAAAACAUCAGACAAUUGUGAAAUCCUCAGGGCAACCUCUUUAUAGAGUUUAACAUA